AUGACGUGGCAGUCGUACGUCCUCCCACUCAUCGGAAGUGCUCUCUUGUCCACAUUCACCUUCUUUUUAGGUAUUUUAAAGACCAAUUUUUUUUCUGAAAUUUGUUUUUUUCCAGGAAAAUGGGACUAUUCGGUUGUAUGGGUGCUGGUUAUAGUGAUUCUAAGUGUCACUAAAAGUUUUCUAUGGAGAAAAAGAGAAAGGAGAUUAAUAUCUCUGCGAGCCACAGCUCUGCGUGAGAGAGAAGUCAUAAUGGCUCAACUUCAAGAUCUUCCAGCUUGGGUUCAAUUUCCAGACACUGAAAGAGUCGAAUGGAUGAAUAAAGUGAUACAUCAGUUAUGGCCGUAUGUUGGAGAAUAUACAAAAACGUUUAUGAACGAUUUUAUUAUCCCACAGGUUAAAGCCCAAAUGCCAGGAAUGUUCAAAAAUUUCAAAUUCACAAAAAUGGACAUGGGAGAUAUCCCAUGUCGUGUGGGCGGGAUCAAAGUGUACACAACGAAUGUGGGAAGAGAUCGAAUUAUCGUUGACAUGGAUGUAGCAUACGCUGGAGACGCUGAUUUUACAGUAUCCUGUUGUGGAUUUACGGGCGGUAUGAAUAAUAUUCAGUUCUCCGGAAAACUCCGCGCUAUUCUGAAACCCCUUCUACCGUAUCCCCCAAUGGUCGGCGGAGUGUCCGGAACGUUUUUGGAAAUGCCAAAAAUGGAUUUCAACCUGACGGGAAUGGGCGAAAUGGUCGAGUUGCCGGGAUUAAUCGAUGCGAUUCGAAGUGUCAUCAAUAGUCAGAUCGCCGCAUUAUGCGUACUGCCCAACGAAAUUGUGGUUCCAUUGGCUCCAGACGUUGAUGUCACAAAAUUAUACUUCCCAGAACCAGAUGGUGUGGUUCGUCUGAAAGUGAUCGAAGCGAAAAAUCUGGAAAAUCGAGACAUCUCGUUCAUCAAAAAAGGAAAAUCCGAUCCAUAUGCUGAAAUUCAAGUGGGAUCGCAAUUCUUCAAGACACGAACAAUCGACGACGAUUUGAAUCCAAUUUGGAAUGAAUAUUUCGAAGCGGUUGUUGAUCAGGCAGACGGACAAAAAUUGAGAAUCGAGUUGUUUGAUGAGGAUCAAGGAAAAGAUGAGGAAUUGGGACGACUUUCGGUGGAUUUGAAAAUGGUUCAGGCAAAAGGAACUGUUGAUAAGUGGUACCCACUGGAAGGCUGCAAACACGGUGACCUACACCUCAAAGCCACAUGGAUGUCGCUGUCGACGGAUUUGAAGCAUUUGGAGAGACAAGAAUGGGAAGCUGAGUGGGGACAAGCGGACAAACCGAUUCACUCGGCGCUUCUUAUGGUUUACAUCGAUUCAGUUGCAGAUCUUCCGUAUCCCAAGUCAAAAUUGGAACCAUCGCCAUUCGUAGAAGUCAGUCUAGGAAAAGAGACGCAGAGAACGCCAGUGAAAGUGAAGACAGUUAAUCCGUUGUUCCAGUCGAAAUUCAUGUUCUUUGUGAGACAUUUAGAAGGACAGGAGUUGAAAUUUGAGGCUGUGGAUGAUGGCACUCGUCGAUCCCUUGGCACCCUGAACAUCCCAUUGACCACACUGAUGAAAGAACCAAAGCUAGAACAGAACCAGCAGAUGCAUAUGCUCACUUUAGGUGUUCAUCAGAGCCCAAUUGUGAUUACCACAAGGAUUAGGAUCCUUCGCUCCGACUCCAACAGCUCAUUGAACAGCCACGGACGGUCGAAUAGCCGGCUGGGAAGAUUAUUCCGAUCGAAACAUGAGAUGAAGAAACGAGAGACAAGAGCCGACGAGAAUCGCGGAGAAAUCGAAAUUCGAAUCGAUUUCGAUGAACUGGUGAAUCAGCUGAAAAUCGCUGUAAUUCGGUGUCGUGAUUUGAUGACUUUUGAUAAGAAGGAUCAGUGUAAUCCUUACGUUUCGGUAAAACUGGUGGCAUUGGAUGGGCACAAGGAGGUUUUCAAAAAGAAAACACCAACUGCCAAGAAUACGAGAAAUCCGCAUUUCGAUAAUCAUGUCGAAAUCGACGUCAAUCCAUCAGAUUUAUUGAACCAUAAAGUAGUGAUAAAUGUGAAGGAUGACACCAACUACGGUACUUUUGUCGCCAAACCAGUCCUUGGAUGUCUCGAAAUCCGUCUCGACAGUCUUCUGAACCGUCAGCUCAGCCAACGAUGGAUCCCAUUGUCCGUGGAGCGCAAAUAA